UGACCGCCUGUCCCCGGUGGGGACGGCCGCGGGGCGGCGACCCGUGCCCCGGCGGGCGGGGGCGCGGGAUGACGGGGGUGCUGGAGAGUCUGAUGCCGGACAUGCACACCAGCCAGAUCUCCGCCGGUAGCUACCACCAGCACGGCGGCCUGCACAAGCCGCAGGAGUCCCCCACGCUGCCCGUCUCCACGGCCACCGACAGCAGCUACUACACCAACCAGCAGCACGGGGCAGCGGGCGGGCCGCCCUACGGCCCCGUGAGCUCCUACCCCUACGCGGGCGGCGGCACCGCCCCCUACUCUGCCAAGGCCGCCUACGACGUGGGUUACGGGGGCGCCUACGGCUCCUACGGGCCCUACGGCAGUAGGGCCUCCCCAGCCAACAACGACUCUGCAGAGAAGGAAGACUGCGAGCCGGAGAUCAGGAUCGUGAACGGGAAACCGAAAAAAGUGCGGAAGCCCCGCACCAUCUACUCCAGCUUCCAGCUGGCGGCUCUUCAGCGGCGCUUCCAGAAAACCCAGUACCUCGCCUUGCCCGAGAGAGCGGAGCUGGCGGCCUCCCUCGGCCUCACCCAGACGCAGGUAAAGAUCUGGUUUCAGAACCGCCGCUCCAAGUUCAAGAAGAUGUGGAAAAGCGGAGAGAUCCCAGCGGAGCCGCCUCCCCGCCGCAGUUCUUCGCCACCGUCUCCCUCCUCGCCCCCCGCCUGGGACUUCGCUCCGCACCCACGUACCGCAGGCGGAACCGGCACCGCAAGCCCCAGCCCCGCCGCCGCCUUCCUCGGUAGUUACUCGUGGUACCCGCCGGCCCCCGCCGGCCCGGCGCACCUGCCGGCGGCCGCUCCCCUCCCGCAGCCGGCGCAGCCCCCGCAUCACCACGGCAGCGGCAACAUCUUCUAGGCCCUGUAGUAGAGACUUGAGCCCGCGGGCCGCACCCGGCAGCCGCGGGGCACCGACGUGCAGCACUGGUAUUUUGGUGAAGCCGGGCACCGGCCUCGGCCAUCCCAGCGGAGAGGAACAGCUCCGUUCCCCGUCCCGCCCGCUUGCUGCUGCCGGCGGGGCCCGUGUGCAUUCGGCCCCGUGGGGUCCUCCCUCCCUCCCGCCGUGAAAACAACCACGCUGCGAAACAAGUACUCACCUCCCUCCCUCCUCUCCGUCUAUCUUCCUCCUCUUCCCCGGCAUUUUCAUCAAACCAUCGGUGCGGAACUCUGGUUAACUUUACUUUUUAUUUUUUUAAAGUUGACAGGUGCCUUUGCGGAUAACCUCACUUUGAUGCUGGGGAUUAAAAAAUAAAACGAUUUAAAAAAAGAUAAAUAAUUUUUAUAUGUAGAUUUAAAACAGAAUCCUCGCGUGUUUAAGGUAUCCGUUUUAGCCGUAAACGAAACCGUCCGACAGAGGCGGGGGCCGGCCGCAGGCGGCGGUGCCGGAACGGCUCCCGCCCGUGCGCUGCCUCCGGGCUGGUUUCGUGCCCCGACGGGGCUUCCCCGCGUCGGGCGCCAGCCGCAGCUAGCUCUCCUCUCCACCGCCCCCUCCGCUCUUCCCCCGCCGGCAGCCUAGCCACUGACAUGCCCCUGAUCUGUUUGAUGUCCAGCGUCGUGGAAAAAAAAAAAACUGUAUUUUUGGUUAUUUAUUAUGGAAAACUUAUACACUCAUUAAUGUUUCUUUUACAAUAAGCAGAGAGUAUUUAAAUAAAUUAUUGUUUCCAUGGUG